AACAGUUUUUCUCCUGUACCUGGGGGAUCAGCCCACCCCAGGCUUCACACAGUGAGCGGUGAGGAAGUGUCGGUUUACAGGGGAGACGGGAUUAGGAGCUGCAGUGAGCAGUGGGACAGUUUUCUGGUGGUAGGUCGUAGAGUUGUGAAGCUGAGGGUCUUCUCCUGAAGGGUGGGGCGCUGUGGAGAACGGCCUCCAGCUGUGGAGCUCCUCGACGCUGCUGGUCUGAGGGAAAGUCUCCUGGCUCUCUGAGCAUCUGAAGCCCGCAGAGAAACACUGGUAGCGGUUCAGCCUCGGCUCGAGGCGUUUCUCCUGAGCUGUGUAGGAGCGGACCGCUCUCCUCUCUCAGGUUUCUCUCUGUGAAAGUUGGCGGAAACUUGUGUGAAAAGUUGUGUGGAGUUGAGAACUCGCCGUGGAGCUCAGAGGAAGAAAUAAUGGUCCUCCGAAGAGUCGAGCCCCAAUGAAAUAAUGGUUUCAUACAUCAGCGGUCAAUGGUGGAGAUGGAAGUUCCGGAACGUUCUCUCAGUCGUCCUGCUCCUGAUAUGCAUCACAAAAUCAGCAGUGCUGAGCUGCCAGGACAGCUGCAAUGAGGUGCUCACGGCCUCUGAAGGGACUUUUACAUCCCCCUGCUACCCGUCCGACUAUCCGCCCAACAAGUCCUGCACAUGGACCCUGCAGGCUCCGGCAGGCUUCAUCUUGCGGAUCACCUUCCUUGACUUCGAGCUUGAGGAGGCUCCUGGCUGCAUCUAUGACCGCGUCAUCAUUGACACCGGCUCAGGAUCCACCGUUAAGUUUUGUGGCUUGACGGCCAAUGGACUCACACUUAACUCCACUGGAAAUGUGAUGCUGGUGUCCUUUAGUUCAGAUUUUAGUGUCCAGAAGAAAGGCUUCAAUAUCAUUUACAACCAAGUUGCAGUGGCACUGAGGAACCAGAAGGUGACUUUGCCACAGAACUCCAAAGAUGCAAUUAGAGUGACCAGCUCAGUGUCUAUCCCAACGCUGAAUGAGUUUACAAUGUGCUUUGAGGUUUCUUGCUUGUCCCAGAGAGGCACAGAAAUUAUUAUAUCCUACUUUGAUGAAAGCAAAAACAUGAAACUGGCCCUUGGCAGCUCCGGGAACAGCAUGGAGCUGACCAUAGCUAACACUAAGUGUGCCAUCAAUGAUCUAGUUGCCUACACAGACCUCACCUCCCAGAUGCAGCUGCUCUGUCUCACCUGGUCCAAAAGCAACGGACGUGUGGCUGUAAAUUUCAAAGGCAUCUACAAGUACAAAACCUGCUCCUCCACCGUGGGCCUAACUGUGGACACAGGAGGUUUCUUUGAGUUGGGUUCCACAUCGGCGGGCCAGAACUUAAACGGCAUGAUCUACAACUUCCGCCUAUGGGAUACCGCUAUGACUGCCUCGGACCUCUCAGCGCUCACCUGUGAUGUUGUGGGCAAAAUUGUGGAUUGGGACAACAGCUUCUGGAAUAUCCCCCCCUCAUAUGCACAAACAGACUCCAACUUGAGCUGCAGUACUUCUAUACCAUAUACUACCCCACAAACCACCAGCUGUGCUUCCUCUGGACUGGGCUGCCCAGCACCAUUAACAACUACCGCCCCAUCCACUGUCACCACUAACACGAUUCCUACUAAUGCAUCAACCAACGCUUUUACUACUACCAUUUCCUACACAACCACUCCUAGCAUGUCUUUAAACACAACUACUGUUGAAACUACAUCAACCCCUACUAUUACCACUAUUACCACUAUUACCCCAACCACCACCAGCACAACUACUGUUCCCACUACAUCUUCUACUACUUCAACUAGCACUACAACCACCAACACCGCAAAUACGGAACUGAACUAUAGUAAAUACUUAAUACUGCGAGUUCAUAUCUCGCUCUACUUGCAUAUUACAUGUGUUGCUCUGUCCUGUGUGUGCUGUUUCACCUUUUCACAUUUGCUGUCAUUGUCUCCAGUCAGUCAGUUCAUUCUUUUAUCUGCAGCCGCUGCUACUAACCCACUAUCCAACACAGCAAACAAUGAGGGUUCUUUCUACAAGAUUUCAAUGGAAGCAAGAAAGGAUGCCCAGGCAAUCACAAAUGAGACCAUGGCAGAAUGGUUUAACCAAACAUUCCAAAACUGGACCUAUACUGUUUAUGUGGGUAAUGUCAGCGUUCUGCCUAGCAAUGAUGCCUCCAGUGCCACAACGGAAUGGUUUACUUGUAAGGCCUUGUUGAUGUACAGAAACACAACAGGGAAAGACCUGACAAGCACUGAGAUUGAGACCAGACUGAAGAAUGCUGGAAGUGAUAUAGAAAAUAUCACAGUAAAUGCCAUCGGAAACUGCCAGGUGGAGGAGGCGCAACUCCACUAUAAAUGGCCAGAGACCAAGCCAUCAGUCACCCAAUACAUCCCCUGCUUCCCUUACAAAGAGCAAAAUGCAUCCAGGACAUGCAUCAUCAGCCCAACAAUGUAUACUUCAGAGUGGGGUCCACCAAACUUGUCUAAUUGCAAAGGCAUAGAAGCAAUCAAUGUUUCACAAGAGAAUGCUGCCGAGGUUGCUGUCCAGCUUGCUGACAUCACAAACAAUGCGCUGUCUCCUGAGGAAGUUUCAGAAGUUGUCACCGUGGUAAAGAAACUGGUGACUGUGGCUGAAAUCAAUGCCACCUUGGCCAACACUGUGGUCACCAUCAUCUCCAAUGUGAUGAUUACCUCAGAGACUGCGCAGAGGAAUGCUUCAGUAAUAGCUUUAAAAACCAUGGAUGAACUGGUUCAGAAAAUUAAAUUUGAUGGUCCAUCUCUGGCCAUUUCCUCCAAGAACCUGGCUGUGGGCAUUUCACAACACAACAUCAGCAGUUUCAAUGGAACCAGCUUCAGUGCCUUUAUUUCACACAACACCACAGACCCACAGAUUCAUUUUGAGUCAGAAAUCCAGAAUCCACUAGCUGCUGUCACACUACCUGCAACAUUGUUGCAUAACCUGAGCACCACCGAUAUAAAUACCAGCCUAAAGAUAAAUUUCAUGUUCUUCAGUAAGACGGGGCUGUUUCAGGAUCAACAGAGCAAUGGCCGAUACUUGAACAGUUACGUAGUGGCCAGUAGUGUGGGCAACUUAACCAUCAGUAACCUGAGAGAUCCUGUCCAAAUUGAAAUCUCCCAUCUGGAAUAUCAGUGGAAUCCAAAGCCAGUUUGUGUGUUUUGGGAUUUCACUCUUUACAAUGGCACUGGAGGCUGGAACAGUGAGGGUUGUGAAGUCAGCCCUGAUUCCAACAGCAACAGAACAAUCUGUCUGUGUAGCCAUUUAACACACUUUGGUGUUCUGAUGGACAUCUCUGGAACUUCAACUUACAUUGAUGAGAGGAACACCAAGAUUCUCACCUUCAUUACAUACAUUGGCUGUGGUAUCUCCGCCAUCUUCUCAGCAGUGACUUUAUUGACUUACAUUGCUUUUGAGAAAUUGCGGCGGGACUACCCCUCAAAGAUCCUGAUGAACCUCAGCACUUCCCUGCUCUUCCUUAACAUGGUCUUCCUGCUGGAUGGCUGGCUGGCCUCCUACAAUAUGGAGGGCCUGUGUGUGGCUGUGGCUGUCUUCCUGCACUUCUUCCUGCUUACUUCUUUCACUUGGAUGGGUCUUGAGUCCAUCCACAUGUACAUCGCCUUGGUCAAGGUGUUUAACACCUACAUCCGGAGAUAUAUCCUCAAGUUUUGCAUUGUUGGAUGGGGCCUUCCUGCUGUGAUUGUAGGCAUUGUGGUGGCUGUGAACAAAGAUUCCUAUGGGAAGGAGUACUAUGGGAAAGGAGAAAAUGGCCAAGGCUCAUCUGAAUUCUGUUGGAUACGCAGCAAGGUGGUCUUCUACGUGACGUGUGUGGCCUACUUCUCCCUCAUCUUUGUUAUGAAUGUGGCCAUGUUCAUUGUGGUGAUGAUGCAGAUCUGUGGUAGGAAUGGCAAGCGCAGCAACCGCACACUUCGAGAGGAGGUUCUGCGCAACCUGCGCAGUGUAGUCAGCCUCACCUUCCUGCUAGGCAUGACUUGGGGCUUCGCGUUCUUUGCCUGGGGCCCUGUCAACCUGGCCUUCAUGUACCUUUUCUCCAUCUUCAACUCAUUGCAAGGUUUAUUCAUAUUCAUAUUCCAUUGUGCCUUGAAAGAAAAUGUACAGAAGCAAUGGAGAAGAUAUUUAUGCUGUGGAAAAUUCCGUUUGGCAGACAAUUCAGACUGGAGCAAAACUGCCACUAAUAACACCAAGAAGGUGAGCUCAGACAACCUAGGAAAGUCGCUCUCCUCCAGUUCCUUUGGCUCCACCACAGCAAACUGGACCUCCAAGGCCAAAACUACGCUAAACCCAUUUGCAAAGAGACACAGCAGUACAGGUAAAGGUUACUCAAACCGGACUAGCCCAAAGUGCAGCACUUCAGAUGCUGACGCCUCCACCUCCUCCAUCCUGCCCGUCCACCAGGUUCUGGACAAGGUGAAAGGCUACUGCUCUGUGCGCUCUGACAACUUCUACAAAAACAUCAUCAUGUCAGACAGUUUUAGCCACAGCACCAAAUUUUAGAGUGAGAGAGAGAGAGAGCGGGUAAGGUGGAGAUUAGGCUAGAUCUAUGUGGGACAGGCUUCUCUUAGACCAGCAGAACACUAGUGACAUGUAUACUGAACCUUGAGCUAACCAACCAGAAGUGGCUUAGUCGCAUAACCCUGUAGAGAGGUAAAGCUAAGGAAGGAGUAGAUUUUAUAUACUGUGAUGUUCAAACUGCAUUUCUGUGCUCUGUACAUAUGCGUAGUAGAUUUUACUGUAUGUCCGUAUGUGCCUUUGUUGUAAUCUUCCCUUUGUGUACCUUCUUUUUUUGCACAUGAUUUCAUUGUCAAGUCAGCUUGUGUUUGUGCAUACAUAGCCACGUACUUUAUAUUUAUACUUCUAUGUCUUUCACAAUGUAAAAGGAAAAAAAGCCAGACCAAUUUCACACCAAAGGCUCAGAACUAUGAGGAGCACAGACUGUAUAGCUGUGGAUUCAUUUGUGCUUUAAAGAAACUCAAUUUCCUUAAUUACAUCCUAACGGUCAUCUUUCGCCACCAAAAGAAGCUAAGUAAACCUUUCCGCUGUACAGGAGUGAAACUGUUGUUUAUUUGUUCACUAUUUAUGUUCCUCUCCAUGCUCUACUACUGAUUUAACACUUUACAGAGGAUUGUUCUGACAUUUCAAACAUUCACUCUUUAAAAAUACAAGUGCUUAAAGGGAUUUCUGUAGGAAUGUCAUAGAAAAAACACUUUUGACCACCUGAACAAUCUUUAAAAUAAACAGUGUUCUAAAGAGAACCAAAAGUGGUUCUACUGUGGCAUAGCUCUAAAGAAAUCAUUCAGGCACUUUUAUUAUUUAAAGCAUAGUGCUGUUUCUACACAGGGCCAGAUUUGGCUCCAGAGUCAGGUUAAAUAUGGUAUGCAGCUUUUUCUUUUUCAUGGGUCUGUUCUGUGAUGUAAAACAAUCAGCUACAUACCAAAUCUAACUAGAUUGUUUUAGGUCAUAUUUGUUUUUAUUUUUAAGAAAUGGUAUUUAUUCUCUAAGGUCUAAAGAUGAAAUGCUUUACUACAGGCAUUGAUAAAUGCUUUCCAUUGCAAUGUCUGACCUGAUAUGACAAUUUAUUAUUCUGGGGCUUGUAUGGAUGCUUUUGUAAACAUGUGACUUAGACUUACUGUAUAUUAAAAAGAGUUCAAACCAAA